AUGACUUCCAGGGGCUUAAAUCUAAGAUCAACGCGAUUUUCGUCAUCAUUCCAAACGUUUACAAGAUGGUUCCUCGGAUUCAUUUCUUUAUUCAGUACAAACAUCAAAGAACCAUUUGAGCUAGCUUUAAUAUCUGAUAAUAAAAAUACAUCCACUAGUGGUACACCACCGGUCGUCAGUCAAGAAGGCAAGAAAUUCAGACAAUAUGCUGCUGCACUAUCUGCAACGCUCGGACCAUUCGCUGUGGGCACAGUGUUGGCGUGGAUGUCACCCGCGAUGCCAAUGCUUCUGUCCGAGAGCUCGAAGAUCAAAGUAACACCAGAUCAAGGAUCGUGGGUAGGUUCUCUGAUCGCCAUAGGGGCAAUUUUCGGGUCUAUACCGGCCGGAAAAUGCGCCGAUUUAUUCGGUCGGAAACCUGUCAUCGCCUGCCUCACCAUUCCGUUUAUCACCAGUUGGACAAUAAUAUACUUUGCGACUGACGUCUGGCAGCUAUAUGUGGCACGUCUGAUCGCCGGCUUCUGUCUCGGCGGAAUCACUGCCACCGUCCCGAUGUACAUCGGGGAGAUAGCUGAAAGAUCUAUCAGAGGUGAACUUUGCUCGUACGUCCAGGUGAACGUAACAUUGGGUAUAUUAUACGUUUACGCGAUCGGGCCGUUCGUGAAUUAUUAUUGGUUGGCCAUCAUGUGUGGUAUACUACCGUUGAUCUGGUUCAUCCUAGUCCUAUUUGUGAUGCCGGAAUCGCCUAUGUACCUUUUGAAAUCUGGCAGGAAAGAGGAUGCGGAAAAAUCGUUGAUGGUGUUGCGCGGGAAAGAUUACGACAUUGCUAGCGAGCUGGACACGCUACAAGAACACAUCAAUGAAGCGAAGAAACACACUGGAAAUUUCAAGGAUAUGAUAUCAUCCAGGGCCACGAUCCGUGCAGCAAUCACUGUCUUAGGACUACUUAACUUCCUGUCGUGUUCGGGCAUAAAUGUGCUUAUAUUCUAUGCACAGUCUAUAUUUGAGACCAGCAACUGCAGCGUAUCCCCGAAAGUUUGCUCCAUUAUCAUCGGAAUUCUUCAAGUCAUAUUCACUUUCGCGUCCUCACAACUGGUGGACAGGGCCGGUCGGCGAGUUCUAUUGCUGAUAUCCGACUCUGUUAUGGCCGUAUGUCUCGGCAUCCUCGCCUACUACUUUUGGCUGAAGGAGCAUGGCACUGAUGUGUCAUCAUUCAAUCUAAUACCUCUGAUCAGUUUGGGUGUGUACAUUAGUACGUUCGCACUGGGUUUCGGGCCCAUACCGGGUGUAAUGCUCGGUGAAUUGUUCAGCCCGGAAUUUAAGGGGUUGGCGAUCGGCAUCGUGUGUGUGCUCGCGUCGUUGAUCGAGUUUUGCGUCGUCAAGACUUAUCAGACAUUGUUGAACUACUGUGAUCAUGGCAUCACAUUCGCCUUAUUCUCCGGGUUUUGUAUUCUAGGAACCCUGUUUGUGUGGUUCCUGGUGCCGGAGACCAAGAACAAGUCUCUUCAGGAAAUCCAAGAGGAGCUUGCCGGCAAGAAAAAGCCGGACGAGUCGCAAAACGCUUCAGGAUCGUAG